GCCGGCGGGCGGCGGGCGGCGGGCGCGGACAUGCGGCCGGGCUCGGGAGGCGGACGCAGCGGCGGCGGCGCGAGCAGCGAGUGCCAGGGCAGCGCAGGCGGCGGAGCGGGCGGCGGGGACCGCGGGACCCGGUGCGAUCCGCAGCCAUGGUGAUCAUGUCGGAGUUGAGCGCGGCCCCGGCCGGCCCCGGCCAGAGCCAGCAGAAAACCCUCCGCGUGGGCUUCUACGACGUGGAGCGCACCCUGGGCAAAGGCAAUUUCGCGGUGGUGAAGCUGGCCCGGCAUCGAGUCACCAAAACGCAGGUUGCAAUAAAAAUAAUUGAUAAAACACGAUUAGAUCCAAGCAACUUGGAGAAAAUCUACCGUGAGGUCCAGCUGAUGAAGCUGUUGAACCACCCCCACAUCAUCAGGCUGUACCAGGUUAUGGAAACCAAGGACAUGCUUUACAUUGUGACUGAGUUCGCAAAGAAUGGAGAGAUGUUUGAUUACCUGACCGCCAAUGGGCACCUGAGUGAGAAGGAAGCGAGGAGGAAGUUCUGGCAGAUCUUGUCAGCCGUGGAGUACUGCCACAACCACCACAUAGUGCACCGGGACCUCAAGACGGAGAACCUGCUGCUGGACGCCAACAUGGAUGUCAAGCUGGCAGAUUUUGGAUUCGGGAAUUUCUACAAGCCCGGAGAGCCUCUGUCUACGUGGUGUGGAAGCCCCCCGUAUGCAGCCCCUGAAGUCUUUGAGGGCAAGGAGUAUGAAGGCCCCCAGCUGGACAUCUGGAGCCUGGGCGUCGUCCUCUACGUCCUCGUCUGUGGUUCUCUCCCUUUCGACGGACCCAAUCUGCCAACACUGAGGCAGCGGGUGCUGGAGGGCCGCUUCAGGAUCCCCUUCUUUAUGUCUCAAGACUGCGAGAUGCUCAUUCGCCGUAUGCUGGUGGUGGACCCUGCCAAACGCAUCACCAUUGCCCAGAUCUGGCAGCACCGCUGGAUGCAGGCCGACCCCACCCUCCUGCAGCAGGCUGACCCUGCCCUCUCCAUGCUCGGUUACACCUCCAACCUGGGCGAUUACAAUGAGCAGGCGCUGGGCAUCAUGCAGGCGCUUGGCAUCGACCGGAAGAAGACCGUGGAGUCGCUGCAGAACAGCAGCUAUAACCACUUUGCUGCCAUUUACUACCUCCUGCUCGAGCGCCUCAAGGAACACCGAGGCGCCCAACCACUGGCCCGCCCCGUACCCACUCGGCAGCCCCGGCCCAGGAGCUCGGACCUCGGUGGUCUGGAGGUGCCUCCUGAAGGCCUCCCCAUCGACCCUUUACGGUCCUCCCUGCUAUGCCCGCAGCCCCAGGUCUUGGUGCAGUCCGUCCUGCAGGCUGAGAUGGACUGUGACCUUCACAGCUCAUUGCAGCCCCUGUUCUUCGCGGGAGACACCAAUGGCACCGGCAUGUUCCCGCACCGCUCCAUCUCCCCCAGCAGCCUGCUGGACACAGCCAUCAGCGAGGAGGCCAGGCAGGGGCCCAGCCUGGAGGAGGAACCCGAGGUCCAGGAGCUCCUGCGGGGCAGCACAGGCCGCAGGCACACACUGGCCGAGGUCUCCACGCACUUCUCUCCCCUCGCCCCACCCUGUAUCGUCGUGUCCUCCUCUGCCUCGGCAGGGACCUCGGAAGGAACCAGCUCCGACAGCUGUCUGACCUUCUCUGCAGGUGAAGGCCCUGCUGGGUUCAGCGGCGGCCUGACCACCCAGGGGCUGCUGGGCACCUGCUCUCCAGUCAGAAUGGCCUCGCCUUUCCUGGGGGCACAAUCGGCCACCCCUGUGCUGCAGGCUCAGGGGGGUCUGGGUGGAGCUGUCCUGCUGCCCGUCAGCUUCCAGGAGGGACGGAGAGCAUCGGACACGUCACUGACGCAAGGGCUGAAGGCCUUCCGGCAGCAGCUGAGAAAAAAUGCGAGGACCAAAGGGUUCCUGGGACUGAACAAGAUCAAGGGGCUGGCGCGCCAGGUGUGCCAGGCCUCCUCUAGCCGAGCAUCCAGGGGUGGCCUGAGCUCCUUCCACGCCCCUACACCAAGCCCCAGCCUGCAGAGUGGCGGCUCUGGUGGUCGCGAAGGCAGAAGCCUGCUGGAGGAUGUGCUGCACCAGCAGAGGCUGCUCCAGUUACAGCACCACCCAGGCAGCCCUCCCAGCUGCCCUCAGGCCCCGCAGCCACCUCCCGCCCCAGCCCCAUAUGUGCUGGCUCCCUGUGACGGCCUCCUGGUGUCGGGGCUCCCACUGCUGCCAGCGCCCCUCCUGCACAGCGGGACAUCCCCCGUGACAUCAACUGCACAGCUCCUGGACACCCAGCUGCACAUCAGCUCCAGCCCCGCCACCCUCCUCCCUGGGGCCCUGGCUCCCUGCUUUGCCAGGCUGGCCCCGGGCUGCGACCCCUCUGGGCGGCUGCAAGGGGACUGCGAGAUGGAGGAUCUGACAUCUGGCCAGCGGGGCACGUUCGUUCUGGUGCAGUGAGGACAGUCCCGCCACGUCCAGCUGGCUCUUCCAAGCAAUAAUUUCAGAGUAUGUGAAGAUGUUUUUGGACUCAAAGCCAAGAACUUUCUAGAAGUGAAACAAGCAAUACGCGUUAGGUGUGUGGGCUUUUUAGUUCAUUUUUUUUGUUGUUGUUUUACUGUUUUUCCUUGCACUGAGUGACCUCAACUCCGAGUAGGGACUGGAAACUGAAGACAAAGGGAGGUGUGUCGUGCAGGUGGGCGGUGGGGGACGCGGGAUAGGUAGGACCUCUGGCUGCGAGGCUCGGGCCACAGGGCAGGGGCUCAGGCCCUUCAUCCAGGGCCGUGUCGGGAGCUGACGGCCUUGGGUGUCCCCUGGAGAGGUCUGAAGCAUGUGCGUGCGUGCGUGGGUCUGGAUCCUUUUGGUUUUAGUUGAUGGUUCUCCACUUCGGGAAACAUUCAUGCUUCAAUGGAAACUGUGAACUUGCUGCUUCAUGCGUGGAUUGGCGGCAUCCCCCGGCUGCCCAGAAAGGGGACACAGGAUGUUGGUGUGGGAGCUGUGUGCGCAGCUCAGGUGUCUGCUUUCUAGCACCUUGUGGAGGAACCAAGGGAAGGACCAGAACACGGUGGCCAGGGCUGCGGCUCAGUCCCAGGGACGCUUGGCCAGGAGGAAGCCAAGAGCUUUCUUCCUGCUGCGCAUCUCGUUUCCGCUGCUAAUCAGAGUUUUAUGCAUUUCAUCAUCAGGGUCCAACCAGAACACCUGACCUGGAGGGUGGUGCAGGGCUGAGGCUGUGCCGGUCGCCAGCCCCUCCCUGCAGCUGCCCACUGGGGACUUCCCAAUGCCAUAGGCCUGGCACCCUGGCCCACCCUCUGGGUGUCUGGUUUUCAUUCAAGGAAGAUGGGACGGGAAGCUUAGGUUGGUGUUUAUAAAGCUGUGUCUUUUUUUAAGCAAAAGCUGUGUAUGGGUAUAAAUAGGAGACCAUAGACACUACUUACGUUUUAUAUUUUGUAUUACAUUUUUGUGUUCCUGGGUUAAACCUCCCUCUCGGUCACCCUGCUGGAAUGUCCUAGUUUGCUGAGAAAGGGGCCCAGCCACCCCAUCAGCACUGGGGAUGCAGGGCAGGGGCAGCCAGACCUCAGUGGCCACUGCCGUGUCCUGCCUGCUGUGAACCAGGUCCCCAGCCCCUCACUCAGGUGCCUUUGCUUCUGUGGCUCUCGCAGCCUGCAGUAUUACCCGGGGCCACAGAGUUGGGCAAAGGCGGGACUUUUCAAAAAGCCAAAGAUUGACCGAGUUACCUAAGGGCAGGGAAGAGGCCCCCACGUGUUGCUGGGGCGUCGAGAUGCGGUCCCCUUCUGCCAGCCACCUGUGGCCUCUACGCAUGUACCGAGCUCCGUGCUGCUUUGUGGCUGCUUAGGGAGGCGUGGAGGGCUGUCCUCGAGGGGGCGGACCCGACACCCCACCGCAGAGAAGACACCAAAGUCCCCUGCUUGCCUCCUCAAUGUCCUGCUGCCACCUGCCUUCACCUGCAGGUGACGGCGCGCAGACCUGCUCUCGUGAGCCCCUGGCCAGCCCGUUCCCACACCACAGAUCAAAGGCUUCGCGCCCCCGUGUUUCUCUCUGAAGCAGCAACAAGCACUUUACUUUCCUAGCGAUUUUUGUUUCUUAGCACUGUAGACCUCUCCCGGAGGACGGGAAAGCCGUGUUUUUAUUUCUCGGGUUUUUUAGGCGUGUGCGGUGUUUUGUAGAUUUCUCGCCAGCGCGGUUCUGCAGACCCCCACGGGCGCCUAUUUAAAGACACUACGUGGUCUGGUGGAGUUGUAUAUAAUUCUUUUUUUAUUACCAUACCUGAAUUGUUUUGUUCCUGAUGUUAACGUGAGAGAUGUAUGCCAAAUGAUUAGAUGAUGUAUGUUUUUUUAACUUAAUAUUUAAAUAAAAUAUUUGGGGGAAAAGA